AUGACACUAACAGCUGCGCAAGAUCCUGAUGAACGAAAAAAAAUUCGAUCACGAUUAUUGGAAGUGAAAAAAGUGAAUAGUGAAAAACGAGAGAAAGAACGUCAAGAACGCGAACAACGUAUUGAAGAUAGUGUUCAUGAACGUUUGAAAGCGAAAGGCGAAGAAUGUAUGCAACGUAUGCAAAAAUUCGACGAGACGGCUAAAAGUCAUGGAACAAGGGCCGAAUCAGCAAUUGAUCAAUCGAAAGAAAGAGCAUUACAAGAGAAAAAAGCAUAUAUUGAAAAAGCAAGACAAGAAGAAUUAGCACGUAUUGAUGAAGCUGCAAAGUCCCAUAUAUCAGCAAAUAUUAGCAACACUAAAAUACAUGCAGAGAGUUUAGCUAAAGAAUGGCAGCUUCAAGAUAAAGAAAGUCAAGAUAAACAUUUAAAAGAAUUAUCAAAAUUUACAUCUAAACCAGGUACUAAAUAA